GACACAGGUGUCAUUACAAGUAGCAGCUGAUAAAAGAAAUGCGAUAAUAAAUCGUCUGUUUAGCUGCGGUAUGAUAGCCAGUAUAUAAAUAAGGAAUACGGAAGUAAUAUUUCAGGUAAUAAACAAUCGGUACAGACACAUUUAAAUGAACUGAACAUCCAGCUGCAAGGUCAGGUUGGAUAUAGCGAUACAAACAAAACACCAACAACUCGAGAUCCACCUUUCGAGCCAAAUGCCGUCAAUCCCAAUUUUGAUGGAAUGGACUUAACCGAGGCUAUAAGCGACCUAGAUAAUUACAUUGCUGCUCUGCAUGGCGAUUUCACUCCUGGCGGUCGGAAAUCUAAGGCAAGAGACAUGCUUUCUUUUGAGAUAUCAGCACCAUUCACUUUUUACUGCAAACUUAUAUUGUGGAUAUAGAAUGGAUGGCUUUGUUAGUCUGAACUAAUUUUAAAACAAUACCAUAAAAGGAAAUGAAAGGAAGAUAUGGGAGGAUAAUAUAAGUAUUAAAAUCUAUGAAUAUGAUGAAUAUUUUUUAACCUUACUUUGUAAUUUCAAAACUAAGCAUUUGUGUCCAAAAAUGGGAACAUCUUUUUCGAUACAUUUAUCAUAGAAGUGUUAGUUUUGUCCUACCAUUUUGUGUGUGACUGAAACACUAGAAUACUUAGAAGUGAUCCUUCUUGAAUGGUCACGCUAAAACUGUUGUGAGUUAUCCAAACUUUGUCUAGUAAUCCCUUGUCAUAUACAUGAUAUAGUGUCCUAACUUUGAUUUAGUAGUAAAUAAAUUUAUUACUAUGAGUUGUACAUUUAACCUAUUUUGUGUGGUUUUUACUGAAAAAAAGUUGAAGUGUUUUAUCCAAAAAAAAAUCAUUUAUUUAACUGUGGCAAAUCUAAUAGUAUUAUAGUCAGUAACAGUGGUAUCACAGUAGAGUUUAGCAAUGCUGUAUUCAGUUUGUCUGCAAACGUGUAAGAGAGCCAUAUGCAUAGUAAUAAAUGCCUGGUAAUUUAUCUGCCAGUACUAUAAUUAAUUAAAUAGCUUUGAAUCAUUACACUACUAGACAUGUAAAAUUAAAAUUUGAGAUGGGAAUUGAUGUCUUAAGACGAACGGAGACUGCAUUCUUAGUAACUCAAGCUCUUGCUUGGGCAAUACCCAAUUGAUUGUGUUAUAUAAGAAAAUUUUCCAUUGUUAGAUAAAGUAGUUGAGGUUGUCACCUUACUUGUUGUUGUAGAGAACCUUUAGUGGUUUAUUUGAAAAGUGUUAUUACAUAUUCUUAUGGAUUGUCUAUAAAAUAAAAAAUCAAUAAAUAAAUAAAGUUUAAUUCAGCUGAAUGAUAUUCUACGAUUUGCAUAGGAUUUGAAGUCUAGUAUAGACAGUUGCACAAUAAUAUUUCACCCUUUCCCUUUGUUUCCCGUAUUGGGUUUAACAGGCAGCUAUUUGACUAUAGACUUGAGAUAAUCUCAGAUUUAGCAAAUUUAUUUAUGGUUUUUGUAGCAUAGUUAAUAUUUAAAAUGUCACAAUAUGUUUGUUUUGUUCACAGAAGUUUUACCGUGAAUAUAAAGUGGUGAGAAUGUCUGUUGUAAUACUGUAGUCUAACAUUGAGACCGUCAUUCAUUAUUCUGCUUGUGUCAUAUAUAUAAGCUAUUUCUAUUGAAUUCUCGUUUCAAAAAUAAUGAAUUAAGUUCAUCAGAUGAAAUGAAUUUCCAAAAAAACCGUUGUAAAAGCAAAAAUAAUCAUGAGAAGUGAAUUACCAGAUAUCAGUUUUCAUAUCAAAUUAGCAAGUUUUGGGUUGGGUUGGAGAUAAGUUUUGCAGAAAGGCAAAAUGGAUUGUGGAAUAUCUGCCCCAACAAAGUGGUUUGAUUCGAGCGGUAUAUUUUACUUUUGUUGUAAUUUGACAUUUUUGAGAGUAAUUAACCUUUAUAUAUAUAUAUGUUUUGACUUGUUUGUUUUUUCCUUUUGAAAAGGAAAUACAAUGUUGUUCUUAUGAUCGUUUUGUCUGCUAGGUCUUCUUAAAUCAUUCAAGGCAAUGAAUGAAUUUUCAGUAUCUGAGUUUUAUAAAUAUUUCAAUAUUUGACCAGAAUGGCAGCAAUUUUGUUUCCAUGGCAACGUAAAACAAAAUGGCUGAUUAAAUUGGUUUUCAGACAUUUAUUAUGACUGUACUUUCUAAAACCUUUACAAUAAUUUUUGUAAUUUCGCUAUCUAGAAUGAAUAAACAAAUGACUGUUGUUGUAAUUUAAACUUUAUUUUCUAAAUUAAUAAUUCAACAGCAUGUAUGAAAUCGUUCUCAGUUAUAAAGGAUUUACGGUAUAGUUGUUCUUGACUGAUAGCUUAUCUACUUUUGUUGGCUCAAGAAUAAGGAUUUCGGAUGUUAUGUCUUCUUUUGAAUUUUGGUUCACAAACUAAUGAUAAAAAAUAAUAAAAUUACAGUAUAUGAUCACAUGUAUGUUUAAUGUAAAAAUGGUUUGUUAAAAGUUUAUGAUAAAAUAACUUUAUCCUAGCAUAGUUGAAACAUCUAUACUAUUAACAUUUUUAUAUGUAUAAACAGAAUUUUGUGAGAUACAUAAAAGUACAUCAUCACAGGAACAAAUAUACUUGUGUACUUUUGAUGAUACUUUUGACUCAUUUUUCUUACAAGAUAUUUUUGAAAUUUUGCUGUUCUAGAUAUGUCAACUGGAAUAUGUAAUAAUGUAAUGGCCAGGGAUUUUUCAGAAAUGACCUAAUUUCAGGCUUUCGCCUGCCAGAAGUAUCCUAUAUGAGUCUGUUGAAAGUUUUUAAACUGUAACUAUUCCUGGUUUUGGGUUUGGACUAAAUCACAGGCCUGAGUGUAUUUCUAAAUAAGGAACAUGUUGAAACAGCGAGAGAUUUGUAUUUUGUUAUUUUGCUUCUUUUACAUAAAGCAGAAUUUGUUGAUACAGCUUACAUCUGCCAUUAAGGAAUUAGAGGCUAGCACAGCAGCGCUGGAAUGUUUGUACUCAGACAGUACACGAGCCAGUCAGUCGUCUCUCAACAGUUCUAGCGGAUAUGGUACAAUGAACAGUACUGCGGCUGUGUCAGAGGACACGAUAGCUAGCUGUGUUGAACAACCGGUAAAUGCAAACUUGAAUGAACUGAAUGUCCAAAUGCAGGGUCAGGGUGGGGAUAGCGAUACAGACAAAGCACCAAAGACAGUCACUCGAGAUCCACCUUUCGAGCCAAAUGCCGCCAAUCCCAAGUAUGAUGGAAUGGACUUAAUUGAGGCUAUAAGCGACCUAUAUAAUUACAUAGCUGCUCGGCAUGGCGAUUUCACUCCUGGCAAUCGGGAGUAUAAGGAGAAUUUGUUGUUAGAGCUGGCAGCUACCAUUAAGGAAUUAGAGGCUAGCACAGCGCUGGAAUGUUCGUACUCAGACAGUACACGAGCCAGUCAGUUAUCUCUCAACAGUUCUAGCGGAUAUGGUACAAUGAACAGUACUCCGGCUGUGUCAGUGGACACAUUAGCUAGCUGUGGUGAACAACCGGUAUAUGCAAAUUUGAAGGAACUGAAUGUCCAGGUACAGGGUCAGGGUGGGGAUAGCGAUACAGACAAAACACCAAAGACAGUCACUCGAGAUCCUCCUUUCGAGCCAAAUGCCGCCAAUCCCGAGGUAAAUGGACAGUUUGAUGGAAUGGACUUAACCGAGGCUAUAAGCGACCUUGAAAAUUACAUAGCUGCUCUGUAUGGCGAUUUCACUCCUGGCGAUCGGACAUCUAAGGCAAGAGACAUGCUUUCUUUUGAAAUAUCAGCACAAUUCACUGAAAACUUUUUACUGCAAAUUUAUAUUGUGGAUAAAAAAUGGAUGGCUUUGUUAGUUUGAACUAAUUUUAUAACAAUACCAAAAAAAAGAAAUGAAAGGAAGAUAUGGGAGGAUAAUAUAAGUAUUAAAAUCUAUGAAUAUGAUGAAUAUUUUUUAACCUAACUUUGUAAUUUCAAAACUAAGCAUUUGUGUCCAAAAAAAGAGAAAAGUUUUUAGAUACAUUUAUCAUAGAAGUGUUAGUUUUGUCCUACCAUUUUGUGUGUGACUAAAAUACUGGAAUACGUACAAAGUCAUCCGUCUUGAAUGGUCAUGCUAAAACUGUUGUGAGUUAUCCAUACUUUGUCUAGUAAUCCCUUGUCAUAAAGUGUCCUAUCUUUGAUUUAGUAAUAAAUAAA